AGAAGUUGGAAGCUAUUCUACCAGUCGAAGUACACCUGCCUGGUCUUUUGGUCCCUGGACUCUCUCCAGACACCAUCGGCUCAAUGGCCUGCCUCUCACCCGGGCCACGGAGGAGGCUGGUGAGGAAAAUGUCCUCACCUCUCCUAUGGAGUUUGGUGAUUUUGUCGAUAUUUACUGAAUUAGAUGCGGAAGCUGGAGAACUUGAACACCUACGACAAAAAAGAAAUGCCGAUCUCCAACAGCCCCGGAUCAUUGCGGAGAGAGGAAACUUAAUGUUCCUUACUGGGUCUUCCCAAAAUAUUGAAUUUAGAACUGGAUCCCUGGGAAAAAUUAAAGUAAACAACGAAGACCUCAAUGAAUGUGUCCUUCAGGUCCAGAGAAACAAAGAUGAUAUUGUAGAUAUAAAAAGGAAUGGAAUUGGUCUUCAUCAAAAUGUAUCUAGUGAAAUCCAUACAAUUCAUUCAAAGCUUGUGGACCUUGAAGAAAAAUUCCGAAGCUUACAGCAGAUAGUGGACACCAAUGUUUGCAACAGCAAUCCCUGCAGGAAUGGUGGGACCUGCCUCAAUCUGAAAGGUUCCUUUUUCUGCAUCUGCCCUUCUCAGUGGGAGGGACCACUCUGCUCCGAUGAUGUCAAUGAAUGUGCAGCUUACUCAGGAACUCUCAUGGGCUGCCAGAACGGAGCCACGUGUAUAAACACCAUGGGAAGUUACAGAUGUGACUGUACACCCGAGACACAUGGAAAGCAGUGUGAAUUCAAGUACGAUGACUGCAAAGGGGUCUCUAAGGAGCGCUGUGUCCAUGGCAUCUGCGAGGAUUUAGACCGAGUACAAGAUGGACAGCCCAAGUUCAGCUGCAUCUGUGAAGCCGGGUGGACAUUUUCGCCAAACAGCCCUGCGUGCACACAGGAUAUAGAUGAGUGCCUUCAGAACCCCUUCCCCUGUUCAGAACUUGUGAAUUGCAUCAACACUCAAGGCUCUUUCUACUGUGGGGCCUGUCCAAGAGGAUGGGAAGGAAAUGGGUAUUACUGCCAUGAUAUCAAUGAAUGCGAGAUCGACAAUGGUGGCUGUUCUGUGGCUCCACUUGUGGAGUGUGUGAAUAUACCUGGCUCUUUCAGAUGUGGGGACUGUCCUCCAGGGUACAGUGGCAAUGGAAAAGUGUGUACUCCCAUCAACCCCUGCCUGCUUAAUAACGGAGGCUGUCACCCACAGGCGUCAUGCUCCUUGUCUUCAGGUUCCGUGCCUCUCUGCACCUGUUUGCCUGGAUAUACUGGGAAUGGUUAUGGGCCCAAUGGUUGUGUUCAACUCAGUGGUAAUUGCUUAGGCCACCCCUGUUUACACGGACAAUGCAUAGAAACAGUCUCAGGCUAUUUUUGUCAGUGUCAGCCAGGUUGGGCUGGUGCCAACUGCUCAGAAAAUAUCAAUGAGUGUGUGAGCAACCCCUGUUUGAAUGGAGGGACUUGUGUGGAUGGCAUUAAUUCCUUCAGCUGUGAGUGUACAAGUUCCUGGACUGGAGAUCACUGUCAGACUCCCAAGCAAGUUUGUGGAGGGUCCUUUUCAGAGGUGAAUGGAAGCAUCAGCUAUAAGGUUCUGGACACUCAAUAUGUGUCUGACGUCAACUGCUUCUGGGUUAUCGAAACGGAAGUGGGAAAGGUCCUGCGGAUCACUUUCACGUUCUUAGAACUGGAGCAAGCGAACUCUUGUCCAUACGAGUUCCUUCAGAUCCACGACGGAGACUCGGCGGCGGCGUUUCCCCUGGGCAGGUUCUGCGGCUACCAGCUCCCCCAGGACGUCCUGAGCAGCGACAAUGCGCUCUACAUCCACCUCUCCUCGGACCACAUGAGAAACGGGAGAGGCUUCACCCUGCGAUGGGACUCGGAGCAGCCAGAGUGUGGAGGUUUUCUGAAUGGUACUUAUGGUUCUAUAACAUCUCCUGGAUAUCCUGGGAACUACCCUUCAGGAAGAGAUUGUGUUUGGAGAAUCUUCACCAGCCCUGAGCUCUUGAUAACAUUUACUUUUGGGACAUUGAGCCUGGAAAGCCAUGAGGAUUGUAGCAAAGACUACCUGGAGAUCCGGGAUGGUCCUUUGCCUCAGGACCCGAUUCUUGGGAAAUACUGUACUACCGUCUCUGUCCCACCACUGCAGACUACGGGUCCCUUCGCCAGAAUUCAUUUCCAUUCUGACUCCCAGAUUAGUGACCAAGGCUUCCACAUCACCUACCUGACAUCGCCAUCGGAUCUGCCCUGUGGAGGGAGCUACACCAACCCAGAGGGCGAGAUCCUCCUUUCUGACUUUUCUGGGUCUCUGGCCCAUGAUGGGCAAUGCGUCUAUGUCAUAGACCUGCCUCCACGAGAGAAAGUUGAACUCAACUUCACCCACGUGGAGCUGGAAAGCCAGAAUGGAUGCUCUCGCAAUUACAUUGAGGUGCGAGACGACGAAACCUUACUUGGAAAAGUGUGUAGCAACGAAGCCCUGGCUCCCCUUAGAUCUGUUACUAAUAAGGUCUGGAUCAGGUUUAAAACAGAUACUUCCAUCCAAAGGGCCAGUUUCAGGGCUCAUUAUCAAAUCGUUUGUGGAGGAGAAUUUACUGGAGAAGGAAUCAUCCACUCGCCUUUUUACCCAAAUGUGUAUCCUGGAGAAAGGACCUGUAGAUGGACUCUCUACCAACCUCAAGGCCAAAUCGUUAUUCUCAACUUCACUGACUUCCACAUCGGAAGUUCUGACAACUGUAGUACAGAUUAUGUUGAGAUUGGCCCCGAUCCUAUUAUGGGUUCUCCUGAGAAUAAAAAGUAUUGUGACUCCGAUAGACUUUCCGUUGUAACUUCAGUGUACAACAUUCUCUAUGUCACCUUUGUGAAAAGUUCUUCUCCUGAAAAUCAUGGUUUCAUGGCUAAGUUCAGUUCUGAGAAGCUGGCAUGUGGAGAAGUUCUUACUGGGUCAACAGGAACUAUUUUAAGUCCCGGCUAUCCGAAUGUCUAUCCCAAUGGUAUCAACUGCACCUGGCAUAUAUUAGUCCAGCCAGGGCACCUGAUUCGCCUCGAGUUUAAGCCAUUCUAUCUGGAGUUCCAUUACAAUUGCACCAAGGACUACCUAGAAGUUUAUGACACUGGCUCAGGGAAAUCUCUUGGCAGAUACUGUGGAAAAUCCAUCCCACCAAUUCUUACCAGCAGUAGCAACUCAGUGAUGCUGAUGUUUGUGGCUGAUUCUGACCUUGCUCAUGAAGGCUUUGCAAUACAUUAUACCACACUCGCUGAAUCAGAAGCAUGUUCAUACGACUACACAGAUGAGUAUGGGAUAAUCACUUCCCCUAACCACCCCAAUGACUAUCCCAAUGAUUUAGACUGCACUUAUAGGAUCACAGUGGGAACCAACAAGCAGAUUGCAUUGCACUUUACUAACUUCUCUUUGGAGUCACCCAUUUUCGGAGGCUGUGUGGACUACGUGGAAAUCAGAGACGGAGGCUAUGAAAAUUCACCACUCCUGGGAAUAUUUUGUGGAUCGACUCUCCCUCCGUCAUUCAUUUCUCACAGUAACAAAUUCUGGUUAAAAUUUCACAGUGACAUGUCAGUCUCACGUUCUGGAUUUUCAGCUUACUGGGAUGGAACAGCAACAGGUUGUGGAGGCAACCUUACCACUUCUUCCGGCGAAUUCACAUCUCCCAACUUCCCAAUGCCUUAUUACCACAGCUCCGAGUGCUACUGGUGGUUAAAAGCAAGCCAAGGUAGCCCGUUUGAACUAACAUUUGAAGAGUUCCACUUGGAGUAUCAUCCGAACUGCUCUUUGGAUUAUCUUGCUGUGUAUGAUGGCCCAAGUAUGAAUUCUCACCUGAUAGCUCAGCUCUGUGGGGAUGAGAAGCCUACUCCCAUUCACUCCAGGGGAGACAAUCUGUUCCUGAAGCUGCGGACUAAUGAGGGUCAGCAAGGAAGUGGCUUCCUGAUCUGGUAUAGACAAACAUGUGACAAUGUGGUAAUAACCAACCAAACCUAUGGUAUCUUGGAGAGUAUAAAUUACCCAAACUCCUAUUUUCCGAAUCAGCGCUGCAAAUGGACCAUCGAAGCGACCAAGGGCAACUCAGUGAACUACACAUUUUUAGCCAUGGAUAUCGAGAGCCAUGUAAACUGCUCAGUGGACUACUUGGAGCUCUAUGAUGGGCUAACUCGGAUUGGGCGCUACUGUGGAACAGAGCUCCCCCCAGCAGGAAGCACCAGAAGUUCCCGCCUAGUGGUGCAAUUUCAUACUGAUGCAUUGAAUCACAAAGAGAAGGGCUUUCAGAUGCAGUGGCUCAUUCAUGGUUGUGGUGGGGAGCUGUCCGGAGCCAGGGGUACCUUCACCAGCCCUGGAUACCCUCAGAAUUAUCCAAACAACAAGGAAUGCAUCUGGUACAUCACCACCGAACCGGGAACUCACAUUCAGGUUACCAUCCACGACAUCGACUUGGAAUCUCACGAAAACUGCCAAUAUGAUGCCUUAGAGAUCUACGGAGGCCCUGAUUUCCACUCUCCCAGAAUAACCCAGUUGUGUGAUCAGAGAUCUACUAGUCCACGGCAGGUCGUCAGCUCUGGCAAUAAACUCGCUAUCCUAUUUAGGGCAGACUUCCACGCAACCGGGAAAGGCUUCAACGCCUCAUGGCAAGCAGUCCCUGGAGGUUGUGGUGGCAUUUUCCAUGCAUCCAAUGGAGAGAUCCAUUCUCCAAAUUACCCCAAUUACUACAGUAGUAACUCUGACUGUUCUUGGGUUAUUCAAGUUGACCAGCAUCAUCAUGUUGUCUUGAAUUUCACUGACAUUGACCUUGAAUCUCCAGACUCUUGUAUUAUGACAUACGAUGGUGCAAGCUCUGCAGACACCCGCCUGGCCAGAAUGUGCGGGAGAGAGCAGCCAACCACCUCCUUCACCUCCACAAGAAACACCUUGUUUGUCAGAUUCCAGUCUGGCGCUUCGAGACCAAGCAGAGGCUUCCGUGCUCAGUUCAAGCAAGUUUGUGGUGGCUACUUCUCCGUCGACUCUUCUGGUACUAUUUCCUCUCCAAACUUUCCCAGCAAUUAUUUCCAUGACCAGAACUGCACCUGGAUACUUCAAGCUCAACCUCCAUAUAAUCAUAUUACUCUCUCCUUUGUCAAUUUUGAAAUUCAAAACAGUAACAAUUGUACCAAGGACUUCAUAGAAAUUUUUGACGGUGACUUCUAUGACGCCCCCUCCCGAGGCCGGUACUGUGGCAUGUCCCUGCCCCAUCCCAUCACAUCCUUUGGAAGUGCCUUGACACUGAGAUUCAUCUCCGACAGUACGCUGUCUAAUGAAGGCUUCCAGCUUUUAUAUGCACCAUCAACAUCAGCUUGUGGUGGAAACUUACACAUGGCCGAAGGCAUCUUCGACAGCCCGGGCUACCCAGACGUUUAUCCCCCUAAUGUGGAAUGUGUCUGGAACAUUGUUAGUUCCCCUGGCAACCAGCUGCAGCUGUCCUUCAUAUCUUUCCAGUUGGAGGACUCUCCAAACUGUCGCAAAGACUUUUUGGAAAUCCGGGAAGGCAAUGCUACAGGUCCCUUGGUAGGGCGUUACUGUGGAAACUCUCUGCCUCACAACUACUCCUCCAUUGUGGCCCAUAUUCUGUGGGUCAAAUUUGUCUCCGAUGGCUCGGGCAGUGGCUCAGGCUUCCAGGCUGGCUUUGCUAAGAAAUUUGGCAAUGACAAUAUUGUGGGAAGUCAUGGGCAAAUUGCCUCACCCUUGUGGCCUGGAUUUUACCCCCAUUACUCCAACUACAAAUGGACAGUGCAUGUGAAUGCAUCUCAAGUUAUCCAUGGCAGAAUCUUAGAGAUGGACAUUGAGUCAACAUAUAAGUGCUAUCGUGAUGAGUUAAGGAUUCUCGAUGGGAAUGAUAUUCAUUCUCGUAUCAUUGGAAGUUACUGUGGGUCUGAGACUGCAUCCUUUAGCACCACUAGAAAUGCUUUGACCGUUUACUUUCAUUCUGACUCUUCAGUGAGGAAGAAGGGAUUCCUUCUUGAGUGGUUUGCAGUAGACCUUCCCAAUGGAGUUGCCCCUACCCUUGCUCCAGGUUCUUGUGGUGGGUUCCUGCCAACAGGAGAUCAGCCCAUAUUUCUUUACUCUCCGGGCUGGCCAGAUACAUACGAUGAUUACCUUGACUGUACCUGGAUCAUUCAGGCUCCUGGCUCUACUGUGGAAUUGAAUAUCCUCUCUGUGGAUAUUGAGUCUAGUUGGGCAUGUGUUUAUGAUCAGCUUGUCAUCAGAGAUGGCGAAACUGAUGUGUCCCCACGAGAAGCCCUCGUGUGUGGCAAAGAGGUCCCUGGCCCAAUCCGAUCUACUGGAGAGUUCAUGUAUAUCCGCUUCACCAGUGAUGGCAGUGUUGGCGGGGCAGGCUUCAACGCAUCUGUCCACAAGAGUUGUGGUGGCUAUUUGCAUGCCGACCGAGGAAUUAUCACGUCCCCCAAGUACCCAGAAGACUACCCUCCUAACCUCAACUGCUCUUGGCAUGUCUUGGUCCAGAGUGGCCUGACCAUCGGGGUCCACUUUGAGCAGACUUUUGAGAUUCCAAAUGGAGACUCUUCUUGCAACCAGGGAGAUUACUUGGUGCUAAAGAAUGGAGCGGACCUCUCUUCUCCAUCAUUGGGUGUCCAAGGAGGAAAUGGUCGUUUCUGUGGGAGCCAUCCUCCAUCAACGCUGUUCACUUCAGAUAACCAAAUGUUUGUUCAGUUCAUAUCGGAUCACACUCAAGGAGGGAAAGGAUUUAAGAUCACAUAUGAGGCAAAGGGAUUAGCUUGUGGGGGUAACAUCUACAUCAAGGAUGCUGAUUCUGAGGGUUAUGUGAUGUCCCCCAACUACCCUGACAAUUAUCCCCAGCACAGUGAAUGCAUCUGGAUUCUAUACGCUCCUCCAGGCCGCAGCGUAAUCCUGACGUUUGAAAAUCAAUUCAAUAUUGAAGAAACACCCAACUGUACUUCGAGUUACUUGGAAGUGCGUGAUGGAGCUGAUUCAAAUGCCCCACUGCUUUCCACAUUGUGUGGCGUAUCUUUGCCUGGGAAACUCUUUUCCUCAAGAGAGAUGAUGUAUUUGAAAUUUCAGUCAGACAACAGCCCCACCCGGAUGGGAUUCAAGGCCAAGUAUUCUAUAGCUCAAUGUGGAGGAACUGUAGAAGGGCAAAGCGGAGUGGUUGACAGCCCUGGCUACCCAACCCUUCAGUAUCCACACAAUUCAGUCUGCCAGUGGCAUCUCCAGGGUCUCCAGGGACACUUUCUCACCAUCAGUUUUGAACAUUUUAGCCUUCAGAAUUCUCCUGGCUGUGGAAAAGACUUUGUGGAGAUCUGGGACAGCUCUAUACCUGGACAUCUUUUGGGCAGAUACUGUGGAAACACCAUUCCUGACAGUGUAGUAACUAGUAGCAAUGUUGCCUUGGUCAGAUUUGUCACAGAUGGCUCUGUUGCUGCCUCAGGAUUCAGAAUGCAGUUUCAAUCCAGCAUUGAAAUGUGUGGUGGAGAGCUAACAGUCCCAAUGGGAACGCUUUCUCCCAACUACUUGUCUAAUCAUCGUCAUGGUCGGCUCUGUGAGUGGAGAAUUACCGUGGAGGAAGGAAGGCGGAUCACCUUAACUUUUACUGCCUUGUAUCUGCCCUGGCAGCCAUCGUGUGAGAAGGAACACGUGAUUGUGUACAAUGGCAUUCGAAGCAACUCCCCCCAGCUGGAGAAGCUGUGCAGCAGGGUGAACGCCAGCACUGAGAUAAAGUCUUCGGGGAACACCAUGAAAGUCGUGUAUUUCACUGAUGGAUCGAUGACCUAUGGAGGCUUCACUGCUUCCUAUACAUCCAGUGAAGAUGCAGUGUGUGGUGGAUCUCUUUCAAAUGUCCUUGGAGGAGGCUUUACUUCGCCUGGUUUUAGUAGACUCACUAAGUAUUCAAAGAACCUCAACUGUGAAUGGACUAUCAGCAAUCCAAAACAAGAUAAUUCAUCCAUUUACAUCCAGUUCAUGCAUUUUUUCCUGGAGAACCAACAAGACUGUCAUUCUGAUGCCCUUGAGUUUCGACUGGGUAAUCCUGAUGGGCCUCUGAUAGCCCAAUUUUGUGGUCCAACACGCCCCUUAUUUCCAUUAAUUAUACCUCAUCCUCAAGUGUGGGUACACUUUUUCACCAAUGAUCGUGAUGAGCGUUCUGGAUUCAACAUAAAGUAUUUCUUUACAGAUUGUGGCGGAAUCCAGGCAGGUGAGAGUGGAGUGAUCACAAGCCCCAACUACCCUGGCCCCUACACCAACUCCUCCCACUGCGCCUGGCUGCUGGAAGGCCCUCAGGGCCACACCAUCACUCUCACCUUUACUGUCUUUGAUAUUGAGAGACAUGGGUCCUGUGCCUGGGAUUCUGUCACCAUCAGGAACGGUGGCUCCCCCACAUCGCCUGUCAUUGGCCAGUACUGUGGAACCACCAGCCCCGGGACAAUACAUUCGGGCUCUAACCAGCUUAUGGUGAUGUUUAACUCUGACCAGUCUGUGGCAGGUGGUGGAUUUUAUGCUACUUGGAGCACACAAACUAUAGGUUGUGGUGGCAUAUAUCAUUCGGAAAAUGGCACAAUCAGAUCGCCACACUGGCCUCAGAACUUCCCCCCAAACAGUCAGUGCUCCUGGACAGCCAUUGCCCACGAGGGUAGUCACUGGGAGAUCAACUUUCACAGCAACUUCCGAAUCCCCAGUGCAGAUGCGCACUGUCAGCACAGCUUCGUGAAGGUGUGGUCGGGAACAGAGGAGAACAAUGACACUCUGCUAGCCACCGUCUGUGGGAACGUAGCCCCGAGUCCUAUCAUCACGCCUGCAAAUACGUUCAUGGCCGUCUUCCAGUCUCAGGAGAUGCCAGCUCAAGGAUUCUCUGCAUCCUUUGUCAGCCGAUGUGGACGCAAUUUCAAUAACCCUCUGGGUUUCAUCCUCUCUCCAAACUUCCCAAAGCAGUAUGACAAUAACAUGAAUUGCACUUACACCAUAGAGGGUGAUGUUCAUACUCUAGUCACCCUGAUUUUUGUGAAUUUCCAGCUGGAAGCUCGCUCAGCUGUCACGGGAAGCUGUGAUAAUGAUGGCUUGCACAUUAUCAGAGGCCACAGCCUCUCCUCCACUCCUUUUAGCACACUAUGCGGCUCAGACAUCCCGAGAAGCCUCACCGUGGCUGGCCCAGUGUCACUCCAUUUCUACUCUAAUUCACACAUCACAGGCCACGGGUUCAAGAUUUCCUACAGCAUAAACCGCUGUGGUGGCGAAUACAAUUCAUCCACUGGGACCAUCAGGAGUCCUUCCUACUUGUAUAGCAACUACCCAGACAACCUCCAUUGUAUGUACAAAAUCACCGGGAGAGAGGACAGAGUCAUUCAGCUCAAGUUCAGUGAUUUUGAUGUGGAUCCAUCCGCCUUCUGCUCCCAAGACUACUUGGGGAUUUAUGAUGGUCCGGACACCAGUGCCCCGCUUCUUGGCAAAUUCUGUGGUUCUACACCCCCUGAAAAUAUCAAGAGCAGCAAUAAUACCAUGACCUUGAUGUUCAAGACAGAUGCUUUCCACACAGCCAGGGGCUGGAAGUUGUCUUUCCAGCAGACCAUAGGGCCCAUGCACGGAUGUGGUGGGUAUCUGAGCGGUUCCCCGGGAAGCAUUAUGUCUCCUGAUUCCGAUUCCGAUGGAAGAUACGACAAGGGUCUGAACUGCAUAUGGUACAUCACGGCACCUGACAACAAGCUAAUCAACCUCACCUUCAAUUCCUUUGUUCUGGAGCACGCAGCCUCUUUGGGCAGUUGUAUUUAUGAUUAUGUAAAGAUAUUUGAUGGAGAGAGUGAAUAUGCAGACUUGGCCGGGGCAUUCUGUGGCUCUGCUGUUCCUGCUCCUUUUCUCUCUUCUGGCAAAUUCCUUACUGUUCAAUUUGUCAGUGACUUAUCCCAGGAGAGAGCUGGAUUUAAUGUGACAUACACCUUUGUUGACAUGCCUUGUGGUGGAACCUAUAAUGCAACCUGGAGUCCACAAAGUCUUUCGUCACCCCAUUUAUCCAGCCCGGGUCUCCCACAUUCCGCGUGCACCUGGGUUAUCCAGGCGCCGCCGCAGAAGCAGGUGAAGAUCACCGUGGGGUCCUUGAAGCUGCAGUCGCAGGACUGUGUGCAGAACUUCUUGGAGCUCUGGGACUCACCACAGAAUGAUAGGACCUCCAGAAUGCACUUCUGCACAAACGUCUCUGCUGUACCAGCAUUUUAUUCUUCCACGAGCACUGCCGUUGUCCUGUUCAAAUCUGAGGUCCUGAACAGAGACUCGGAAGUGAGCUUCACCUACCAGCUGGCAGACUGCAACCGAGAAUAUAACCAGGCCUUUGGCACACUGCGGAGCCCGGAGUGGCCGGCUGAAUACAGCGGUGAUCUGGACUGCGUCAUUAUGCUCAGAGCCCCACAGGGCCACAGCAUCUCCCUGUUCUUCCACUACUUUGCCCUGGAAGAUUCAGAUGAGUGCACACACGAUUUCCUAGAGGUAAGAAAUGGAGGCGACAGAAGUUCACCGUUACUUGGCAAGUACUGUGGAACCCUACUGCCAAACCCUGUCUUCUCUCACGGGAAUCAACUGUAUCUGCAGUUUAAGAGCAACAGCGACAUUUCUAACGAGGGCUAUGAAAUCCUCUGGACCUCAUCACCCUCCGGCUGCGGGGGGACCCUUUAUGGAGAUUCUGGCCUGCUUACCAGCCCUGGCUUUCCCAACACAUACCCCAACAACACUCAUUGCGAAUGGACCAUCGAAGCUCCUUCUGGAAGGCCUAUCACUGCCAGAUUGGCCCCCAUCAGCAUUGACGACCUAGGAAGCUGCGUCCAGAACUACCUCAUCCUCUACAAUGGGCCAGAUGCCAGCUCACCAGCCUUUGGACCAUUCUGUGGAGCCGACACUAACAUAGCUCCACUCGUGGCUUCCUCAAACCGGAUCUUCAUCAAGUUCCACACGGAGUAUGCCACCCGUCCAUCCUUCUUCCGGCUCACGUGGCACAGCUGAGGGGGGGAAGGCGAGGGUUUGCUCCUUGCGUGGACUGUACCUCAGAGCCACGGACACCAUACUGCACAGAACCCUGCCCCCCUGGCCUCCCAGCCCGGCCCCAGCCAUCAAGCAAGGCAGCUGGCAGCGAUUCCCACUGAGCAGCGCCCUCCGUGCUCACACAGGGGAUUCUGGGAUUGUACAUCUCUGAGCCUCGGUUGUGCAGAUGUUCCUUCCUUCUUAAGUUUUCAACUGAAUUUUUUUUUAAAAAGCUCUCAAACGGUUGGAAAUGUACAUGGAGUGUAAAUCUUUUUCUAAGAAAAGGUAAUGAUACAAUAGAUGUCUUACUUUCACCAUGGAUGUCCACAUUGGAGAAAUAAACAUCAUUGGAUUGUUAA